CCAGCUACCGAAGAGUAUGGCUUCACAUCAAAACCCAACCACUGACCUCGGUUUUUGCAAGAAUGCUCGUUUCCGCUUCUCUUCUUUUCCUCCAAUUUUUUUGUUAAAACUAUCAAGCCAGCAUAAUAAAACCAAAAAGACCAAUGCACGAGCAGCUUCAGUGCCUGCCAUGUUCCGAACCCGUCCUUUCAUUGAGCCACCGCAUCUGGACUUUUCUACGUGGAAUGAACAUGUUGAAAAUCACAGCAACGACGACGACAAUAACAACACGACGUUCCCAACGUUGGAUUUAGAUCUACCGACCUCUUGGGCACAAACGUUUGACGGUCUUUCUCAAACCGGUGUCAGUUUAAUUGAUCGCGUCAUUGCUAAAGAACAAGCGCAGCAGCAACGAUCUACUGUAACUACAACAACAACACGCGCAGUCGAAUCGCAACCAACAACACUACUGCUACUGCGAGAAACGCCUAUUUCGCCUUAUAAUGUUCCACAACAACAACAACAACAACAAGAACAAGAUACUCGUGAUGAUGAUGAUGAUGAUGAUGAUAUGGAAUCGAUAUGGGAGCAACCUUUACAGCCGCAGCAGCAGCAGCAACAGCAACAGCAAGGCGAAACAAACGCGAAAUCAUUGUUGACCUGGGAUGAUCGUGUAGAAACAACAAAACCGUUUCUGACAGAACUCCCUUUAUACGUCUCUGAGGCAAUAUUUCAAACGAGAGAAACAGCACAAGAGGGUCAAACCAAUAUACCCGUUGUCAAAGAACAACAACUCGUGCAGAGUCUAAUGCAAACACUCCAAGGAUAUCCAUCCGUUUGUUUCCAAUGGAACGACACUUCACGUGCAUUUGAAUCCAGUAUACCGCUUGUACGAAUGCUCGGUGUGAGCAUGAUUGCUAUGCAAACGUAAGAUUUAGACCCCCGAAAUAAUAAAAACCUCCUUUGAGAAUAGCAAAGUUAAUAAUCAUCAUCAUCUAGAGUUGUUGAGGAGUUGCUUCAAU